AUGAAUCCAUACGAAUCUGACCCUAGCAAAAUACCGUCCACAGAUCGAUACGCCGACGUACCUUUGUAUGGCAGAUACUCUCCCCGCCCUACUGACUUCAAGCCUGAUGCCAAGCAUAUCAACGUCACGACCCAAGAGUCCCUGAAUUAUUGGUCCACAGUGCUUGCACAAUGUACGGAACACAAUAGAAUCUAUGAAAACGAUGAAGGAGGGCGCGAUGUAUUUGCGCUCGGAAGCGUGAUUAUUAAGUCGAGUCACUUGAAGCCAAAUCUCGAGGGCCGACGAGCUUACCGCGACUAUUCAUAUGCCGAUGCAAACGAGGCGGAGGCUAUUCGCCUCGCAAGAAACGUAUUGGGUGACAUCAAAGUUUCCAAGGUCUAUUUCGCUUCUGAGGCCUCCUUCAAGGAACAAGCACGGCAAAUGCUGAAGAAGCUGGGCACAGUGAUCCCCCCAAGUGGAAUCAGCCGCCGGUCCUAUAUCGUCCCAGAUCCAGAUCCCAUACACCAUCGCGGGAUACAAGAAAUCGAAGAAGAAAUCAUUCUUGCGGGUGACGGCAAAGAUACCAAUCUCAGCUUUAUGCAUAAUGAUGUUUUGCUAUCCAAUUGCAUUGUCGAUAAUGACAAGAUUGUUGGACUUGUCGACUGGGAAAUGGCUGGGUAUUUUGGCUGGAAAACUGCAGCAGAUAUCCACGUUCGAAUCCGAACUCCGAAGCGUGAAAAUUUUACUUCGUUGAAUCUGCCUGAGGAUGUGCUGCACGACAUUCUGUUCUGGAAUGAUUUAUAUGAUGUCUAA